AUGAGAGAGUACAGUUUGUUUCUUCUGUUCGUCCUUUCCGUCUUCAAGAAGGGCGUGCAGUGCAAUAGCUGGUCCAUUCACGUCCCAUCUGACGUCACUGGUGAACUUGGAAAGAUGGUUAUUCUGCCUUGCACCUUCACACACCCUUACAAAACCUUUGACCGUACCCUCACUGCCAUCUGGAGGAUCAAAGAGCCGUACAAUGGCACUGUAGUGUUUAAGUGCACCAGCCAGAGUGCCAGUGAACUCUGCAAGACCGCCAUCAGCUACAAAAACAAAUACAAACUCUUCGGCAACCCCCGGCACAAAGACCUCUCCAUCAGGAUCGACAACCUGACCUGGAGUGACAGUGAGAGGUACUUCUGCCGUGUGGAGUUCUCUGGGGACAUCCACGACAAGUAUGAAAGCAGGAAUGGGAUAAAGCUGCAUUUGAUUGCUUCCCCCAGGAUCAUUAACAUCACGGUCAGUUCCAAUGGGGAUCACACCUUCAAAGCCCGCUGCACUGCUGAGGGUGAACCAGCACCUGCCCUGACAUGGACCAGUCCCCACUCCAGCAACCUCACCUCGGUCACUAACACAAACCACCGCGUCACCAAGGAGCUCCAGUACCUGACACACGAUGGCAAAUACACCUGCACUGCUGUCAACAGCCACGGGAGAGCGGAGGGGACAGUCUACUUCUACAAAUUCAGGGCAUCCAACAGCUCCUUUUUCCUGAUCCUAAUUUUUGUGCCGCUGGGAAUUAAGGUCCUUGUUUUGCUGGUGAUACUGGGCUUGACCCUGUUCCCCAGAGGUCCUUCCACCGCUCCAUCCAUCCUGGCCCGGCCACAGCCACAGGACUCCACCUAUGAGAACUUUGACCGCAGAUGCGACAGCAGCCACAGCCUGCCAACAGAACAACCUGCAGCAAGAUGCAGCUGAAGACCUGGGCUGUCCCACCCAUACCCACUUGCAUGGUCUGAACCCCUGUCUGCUCCAUACAAAGCUGGAUCAUCUUAGGGUGCCUUUUCCCACUGAACAUAAGACUGCUGUUGACUGAUGCACGGGUCAAGUGAGCCUUGUAGGUGCAUGUUUUCCAUCUCUGUUGAGACUUAAAUUAACACAAGACUUUAAAGCAAAGACAGAUUGGGAAAAAAAAAAAAAAAGAGAGAGAAAAUGAAGAAAUGAUGGAGUUGGAAAAGCAGAAAAUGUGAGAGAUGCCAGUUCUAACCAACCUGCAUGUUUCUAACCUGUGUCACAAAGUUCUGUAACAGACACAUUCAAGAGUUGUAGUUGGUCUCAUCUUGUGUUGCAGUUUUUCCUGGUGAAAAAUGGCUUCUCGUUACGGGUAUUUUUGGAUAAAACACCAUACUGUAUUUGCCUCAUAUUA